AUGACCCAUCCACUGGUAAAAAUCAUCUCGAGGAAGAUGAUUAAACCCUCAUCUCCAACUCCUCAUCACCAAAGAAAUCUCCAGCUCUCUUUUCUGGACCAACUGCUGCCUCCUACGUUAUACCCAUCUAUCAUAUUUUUCUACUCUUCCCCUACUAGCGAUCCCGCUUCCACUGUUUCAGAGAGCUUGCAUGCAUCUCUCUCCAAAUCUUUGGUUCUCUUCUAUCCACUCGCUGGCCGACUGAAAACCGCUGCCUCCGUUCACUGCAACGAUGAAGGAGCUCAUUUUCUUGAGGCCCGAGUUAACUGCCAGCUCUCGGAUUUACUUAAAGUUCCUGAGCAUAAGUUGCUUAACAACCUUAUCCCCGAGUUUGAGCCUAAAACAGUUCAGUACUUCAGAAUAGCUGUUGCUGCGUCCCCAAUACACAAGAUCGGAGAUGCCGGCGCAUAUUACAAAUUUAUACAAACAUGGGCAGCCAUACAUCGUGGUGAAUCCGACCAACUAGUGCUACCGGAGUUUAACGGAGCAUCUGUGCUGCCUCCCAGAGAAUUGUCACUCCCAAACAACUUGGGAUUAAUCCCAAAUCAAAAGUUGACAACAAGGACGUUCGUGUUUGAUGUCACAAAGAUUGCAAGUCUCAAGGCCAAAAUCGGAGGCACACAUGUAGAACUUGUUUCGGCAAUUAUCCUCAGAAGUGCUCUUGCUGCUUCUCAUAAAUCAAAGCCGGAGACUACUUCAAGCACAAAUGUGUUGUCUCAAAUUGUAAGUUUCCGCAACAGAAUAGUCCCCGCGGUAGCACCAAAUGUCAUGGGUAAUUGGUUUUGGUCGGUUCAAGUGGUAUUCAAACAAAACGAGACAGAACUACAAGAGUCGGUUGCUAAAAUGAGGAAAGGAGUAACAGACUUCUACAAGGAGAAGGCGGACAGAUUCAAAGGCCAAGAUGGAUUCCGGGUGGUGUCCGAGUCACUUAGAGAGAGGGGUGAGUUCUUUAAGAGCACAAAGGGGUGCAUCAAUCUUUAUAGGGGUACAAGUUUGUGCAAGCUCCCCGUAUAUGAAAUUGAUUUUGGUUGGCGGAAACCAACUUGGGUCACUAGCCAAAGCAACCACAAGAAUCUAUUUCUCCUGAUCGACACAAAACAUGGAGAUGGCAUCGAAGUGUGGGUGACACUGGAUGAAGAAGAAAUGGCUAUAUUUGAGAGUGAAGAGGAGCUCCUUUCAUUUGCUUGUGCAAACCCUAGUGCAAUUGUUAAUCAUCAAUCUCACUCUCGUAUGUGAUUAUGCCAGAAAGCCGAUCAAUUUUUUUUCUAGUUUUCAUGUUGUGAUAAUUGAUGUGAUGAAAUUAAUGUUAUAUUUUUCCUCAACUAAUUGGCCUUUUUAUUAGCCUAAAGUUUUGUU